ACCAUUGUGGGUGUAGUACAAUGUGUGUGAACCAAAGGCAUAUUGUGUUUAGCAGUGAGUUAGAGUUAGCCAUGCCUACUACUAGCAGAAAUCCUCUUGUGGUUGGGCGUGUUAUAGGGGAGGUAAUAGAACACUUUGAAAGUUCCAUUCCUUUUAGGGUCUCCUAUGGCAAUAGAGAGGUCAACAAUGGUUGUGAGCUUAAACCUUCCCAAGUUGUGAACAAACCCAGAGUGAGUGUUGGUGGAGAUGAUCUCAGGAACUUCUAUACUCUGGUGUUAGUAGAUCCUGAUGCUCCCAGCCCUAGUAACCCUAAUUUCAGGGAGUACCUUCAUUGGUUGGUGACUGAUAUUCCCGCAACUACCGGGGCUAGUUUCGGUAACGAGGUUGUAAGUUAUGAAAGUCCACGACCAACGAUGGGGAUUCAUCGUUUGGUGUUUGUGUUGUUCCGUCAACAGUAUCGACAGAGGGUGUAUGCUCCUGGAUGGCGACAGAAUUUCAACACCAGAGAAUUUGCUGAACUUUACAAUCUUGGUUUGCCAGUUGCUGCAGUGUUCUUCAACUGUCAGAGGGAAACUGGUUCUGGUGGUAGGACAUUUUGAAAGUUACUUUGUACCAAAACCGCACAUGUUUUAGUUAAUGAAAGCACCUAAAAUAAAGAAACCUACGUAAUAUAUAUGUAACAACAAUAAUAACACACAUCGAGUAAUAGGAAUAUGUAACCAAAAAUACAUGUACUACUUUAUGUUUUUAUAUAUAUAUAAAAAUGAAAUUUGACUAGUUGAUCAAAUAUAAUGAAGGCACUAAGAAUAACAGUGAGGCA